GCAGGCAGUAAGCAUAAGCAGACGCAGUUAACACAGCACGUAUGCGACCGCAUAGCACACAUUUUCGCCGUCUAUUGCGUUCUUCCAUUCACAGAUCAUCCGGGCCCUGGGGAUUUUUCUCCACUUUCAUACGGAUCUUCCACGAUUUUUUACCCAAUUAAUCCUGCAUGGUCAUUGUCCGACCUGGAGGUUGAUUAUUCUCCGUUAUCCGUGGGACAUUCGCACGCAUUUUCCCUUGGAACUAUUCCAAUUCGGUCAGCCCGUCGUGAUCAGCCGGCGAGCGGGUUCUUCGACGCCGUGUGUGUGUGAUUGGCCAUGAACGGGGCACAGUUCUUUAAAAACAUGAUUGCCCGUCGUGAAUGCUUGGAUUUUACCCGGGACUUCAAUGAUCCCCGACAAUGGCCGGCGCUAGGAGAGCGGAACGACGCAGAGCAGAAAAAGAAACUCCCCGCUCCCAUCGUGGCCUCCUCCUACAAUCCCGCCUGCCAUCUCGCCGCCCGUCCCUUCAUCCCCCGUCAGAAGCACACCACCAGCGAGAGCGACCAGUAUCCCGUCGCCAGUAAAUGCUCCUCCCUAUCGUCCGGCAUCGGUUCCCUGUCGUCAGAACGCAAAUCCGAGAGUGACUGCAGCACUUCAGAGGCCUUGGCCACCUCCUCCGCCGGCACCGGCCACCCCUCCCUCGAGGACGCCGACGGCCUGACCAACCAGGAGCCGGCCUCCGAUCCCUUCUCCAAUCACGACGAACAGGGCGAGGCCCUGGCCGAUCUGCAGCGGCGCAACUCCGCCGAUGAGUCGGCCGCCACCCGCAAGAAAGGUACCAAAACCAAAUGGAUCCCGCUGGAGCUGCCUGCGCCGCGCCUCUCCAUGCAGCAGAAACUCCGCCAACGCUACGAGAAACACCGCGAAGCGGCGGCCGCCCAGCUGGACAGCGCCGGCUGGCACUGGCGUCCCCGGGAAGACAGCAGCGGUUUUCCGGAGCGCAGCAGCGCCGCCCGUCCCGCGCCGCGCACAUACGGCUACACGGGCUCCUACUACAGCUACAGCAACAACGCCCCCUCGCGGGCACCCUACCAUCCCUCCGCCGUGGCUAACCGCGGCGCCGCCGCGCAGCAGGACGCCGCCUUCGGACAGCACCACAACGCCCACCGCCAAUUCUACCGGCCGCGGCCCAAAUUCUCCCGCAAGAUCCAGGGCUUCCGCAACCGGGAGAUUAUGUAUGAUUCAGAAUUUGCCGGGCGCGAUGGGGAUCAGUUCUCGGACGGGGCGGAUGAUAUUUCGCUGACGGAAGGCUAUGACUACCACUACUACACGGACGGCAGCCGGACGCCCGGCAGCGACUGGGGCUACUACCCGCCGCCGACCCCGGGGCACGAUGCCGCCUAUCUGUCGGCGGUGGACGGAUUCUCCACGUCCGGGGAUGAGUACGGCGGCGCGUACGAUUAUUACGGCGAUUCGGGGAUGGAGUCCUCCGGGUACUAUCUCACCGAGGAGGAGGAGCUCUUUGCGCCGGCCUACGUGCCGCAGUCCGAGGCCGAGCUCAAGGAGAUGAUCCGCACGCAAAUUGAGUACUACUUCAGUGCGGAUAAUCUGCAGAAGGACUUUUUUCUGCGCCGCAACAUGGCCGAGGACGGCUCGGUGCUGCUGAGUCUGGUGGCCAGUUUCCAGCGGGUCCGCUCGCUCUCGCAGGACUUCUACAUGAUUCUCGAGGCGGUGCGCAGUAGCACCCUGCUGGAGCUGAUGGACGGGUUCAUGGUGCGCUCCCGUGACGCGCCGGAAGCCUGGCCCAUCAAGGAGGACGAUGAGACCGGGAGCUACUACUACAUGGACGGCGAGGCCCCGCCCUCCUCCGAAGAAGGCGGCCAGUGGACGUAUUAUACCGACGACGACGUGCUGCCCGUGGGCGGCGAGAGUCCCAGUGAGCGCGACGACAAGGAGUCGGGUCACUGCGAGGAGGAUUACGAUGGGGAGGCGGAGGAUGAAGAGGCGCUCUCCCUGGACGGCUCCGAGCUGUCGGAACUGUCCACCGGGGUGAAGAAAUCGGAUUAAUUCAAUGUGAACAUAUGCAGCCGUUAGCGUGGGACCGGUUUGCAGCGCUUUCCUUUGCACGUGAUACAGUGUGGGCGUGUCGGCGGGAAUGGAAAUGUCGGGAGGAUUUUAGAUUUAUAGUUUUUUGAUCGAUUGUGGAUUUGGGAUUGUGGCGUCCGCCCGCGUACCGUUGUUGCCUGGUUGAUAUGCCUGUUUUUAUUUUUUUCCGGAGAAAAUUUAACCCAUGUUUCUUUGCGUUGCGGAUUUUUUGGCUAAUUUCGAAAGAAUUAAUUUCCGGGAAUUUUGCGGCUAAUUUCGGAGAGUUAAUUUUCGGAUUUUUUUGCUAAUUUCGGAGUGAAUUGAUUUCCGGGAUUUUUUGGAUAAUUUCGGAGUGAAUUAAUUUCCGGGAUUUUUUUGCGAAUUUCGGAGUGAAUCAGUUUCCGGCAUUUUGUGUUCUUUGUACAUUUGUUUGGAUUGUUCGGCGGGAAAAUAAUUCGUGGUGGUGCUUGCGCUUCCGGAUGGACAUUUAUAAUUUUUUGGAUAAUUUGUCGGCGAUUUAUUGCGGAUUUAUCCGGGGAUUUAUUCUCGUCUCGUGUGUUGUUGGAAUAGACGCGCGCGCGGCGCGUUUCCGUGUUUCGUUAUACCCGCGUCUCGCCGGUUGGUAAAAUCAUCAUAAAUUUGGUUCAUUUAUUUUGUGGGGAUAAUUUCUUUGCGCGUCGUGUCAUUGAUUCGGGGAUUCAUUUAAAGGUGUUUGUUGGCUGUUGUUUUUUUUAACUUGUCAUUUGUUUUUGCGUUGCGUGUAUGCGCUGCCGGGGCGAUUGAUUCGCGGUGCCGGUAGUGUGCAUGUUUGGGUGUCAUUUUUCAUCGUUGAUGGUGUUAGACGUAUAAUUUAUCUUCGCGCCAGAAUCGUCGUACUGAAACAAGAUCAUUUACAGGAUUGAUAUUGGAGGUCGCGA